AUUCAGAUGAUUCCCGAUAUCGUCAUCGACAGAGAUUUUGGGGUUUUCCGUCGUAUAGUCCUCGAUUGAUUCGCAGUUAAGUUUAACAUCUGUAAAAACCCAUCAGUGUAUCUAUUAAAAACUUGUAAUUUCGUAAAAAGUUUAUGGAUUUGUUCAUUUCUAUUACUCGUUGUUUUGAUAUGUGGGCAAGUCUCUCUCGUAGUGAUGAUGGCGUGGACACGAUUGAUUCAGAGCGCGAGAGCAUCUAUUGGGACAGCGAACUCGUGUUCGGCUCUUGGCCUCCCUAGAUUCUACUCCAAACCAGCCACUUAUUUCGAGAAGGUUGGGAUUCCAGAGUUCCUUGGCGGGAUUGGAGGAGGAGCUGAGACUCACAUUGCCAAAAUUGAAACUGAGAUCGGUGAUCUUCAUAAGCUGCUUGUGACGCGUACCCUCAGACUCAAGAAGCUUGGCAUCCCUAUCAAACAUAGGAAACUCAUACUCUAGUAUGGUCAAAAAUACAGGCUAGGAAUAUGGAAGCCUAGAGUUGACGCUAUCAAGACCUGAUUGAGGCGCUAUGUUGAACUGUGAGUCUAUCAUGCUGGGCCGUACCACUGGAAUGAGUUGUAACCUAAAGGAUCAUUUUCAAAAUCACUUCAGUAGUGGACAAUCUAGACAGUAGUAGUAGUAAUGUUGGUUUAAUGGUUGUGGCAGUUCAUUGAAAUCCCAUUUUGUAGUUCAUGUAACUGUUUUCUGCACUCUUUUAGAAUCAAAUGCCCAUUGUCUUGAGGGACCUAUAGGUGUAUACAGUAUAUAUAGAAGUCACCUUAUAUAUAUAUGGCAACAUUUCAAUGA